UCUCUCGACGACCGAGGUUAAGGGAGAAUGGUGUCGGAGGAUCCCGCUACCACUGCUAAUGAGUCAAUCGUUGCAGCUGAAUCACCAGGAACCUGCAACGGCUUUGCCUGGUUUUUGGAGAAUAAUGGUUGAUACUUUCUCAGUAAUUUCAACCAUAAAGCAAGGCGGAUAAUCUUGUUAAGAUCCCUCAUUGGGAAUUCCUACGUCUGGAUGCCACGAAACUUCUGGACAUGGCCAAGUUAGGAAUGACAGAUUCUAUCAUGUUUUCUUUCAAAUGCAGAUGAUAGAACUAUGCCUUUCUCAAAUUUGAUGAAAGGAUGCCCAAAAAAUUCAAGGUUCUCAUCUUUGUAUGUUGAAUGUCAUGAAGCUUAAGUGCUAUGGAGUUAGGCUGCAGGUGGUUAAGCUCGAUAAUGAUAUUUGGUUUGGCAUAUCCAUACUUAUAUUUUCUAUUUAUAAAAUCCCUGGAAUAUGAAGCCAACUAGAGACAAAGCCUUGCAACUUGUUUAACGCUUCCAUUUCUCAUACAAGUUAGGUUGUGUAUGUGAAAGUUAUCUUGACUGACAUGUGGUGUCUGGUUUUAAUUGACAUUGUCCGAUUUGGUUUGUUCUGAAAGGAGUAAUUUCUCUUACUAAAAUACCAAUGUCUCUUAUGUGUGCAAAAGUUAACUCAGUGACAUGUGGUUUCUGGUUUGAGUGACAUUGUCCAACUUGGUCGGUUCUGAAAGAAGUAAUUGCUUGCCAGAAUACCAAUGCCUCCGAACCCAUUUGCAAUUUUCUUGAUCUAAUUAGCUAUCCUCUUUUCUUCUUUCCUUAUCUACUUCUUUUUGUUUUAACUUUUCUUUGCACAUCUUGGAUUCUAUUUCGAUUUCUCCCUUUCCCUUCUCGAGCCUAGCCUCUUUUUUCCCUUCCACAUCCUCUUUCCUUUAUUGUUGUUUUCUUGUAAAUAGCCUUGGUCCUAUGCUGUCCUAGAAUUGAGGCCCAAACUUUGCUUAUAACUUGAUGUCCCUGUGUUUUGCCCUUGUUCUGUGAUUAUUUGUUGUUUAUCAUCUCUGCUGCACUUUGUGGUUCCUAUGUUUCACAAUGAUAUUUUUCUUCCUAGCUGGAGGUUGACAGGAAUUAUUCGCUGUCCCAAGCACCAUAGUGUGGCACCACUAUCCUAUUCUUUUCAUUGCCCACCUUCCUCUAAUCAUAUAUCCAGCUUGGGAAAUUGGAUUCAAAUCAUGACUCAUCAGGUUGAGUUCUUGGAUAAUUGGCAUGGCAGUUAAGGUCUCUCACUGAUAGAAAGAACCAGAGUAGAGUUCCAAAGAAAAUGCACAAAGCUGAAAGAGAGAAACUUAAACGUGACCAGUUGAAUGAACUCUUUCUUGAGCUUGGUCAUGUGCUUGAACCAGAUCGACAAAACAAUUGUAAGGCUUCCAUAUUGGGGGAUACUACCCGUGUACUUCGAGAUCUUUUCGCUCAAGUAGAAACUCUCAGAAAGGAAAAUGCUGCUCUGCUAACCGAAUCUCGUUAUGUUACCGUGGAGAGGAAUGAGCUGAAAGAUGAGAACAAUGCUCUGCAAGCUGAAAUAUCCCAGCUUCAAACUGAGCUACAGGGGAGAUCGUUGUCCGUUACCAUGUGGAAUAACAACACUAACUCAAGCUCUUUCACUCAACCACAGCCAACAGCCACUGUGCUUCCGAUGCAGCAACAACCAAUCAUUAUUGGAUCUGUGCAAGCAAACCCCGUCCGGGAGCUUCAGCUCUUCCCAGUGGAAAGAAUAACCACACCACCAUCAACACCACCUGCACCACCUUCUCAGGUAACAAGACCACAUGCCAGAUAUCCGGCUCCAUUGGACUUGUGGCCAGGUCAGUUGCUUUCUACUCUUCCACGGACCUCACAAGAAGAAAUAUGUGGCAGCAGUAGCAUAAGCACUGGCAGCAAGGAGGGAUCUGAUAAAGUAUGAGCCAGUACGUAAGAUUGAGACAUGUACAUCAGGGAUUUGACAAAAUUUUCCCACUUAUCAAUGGCUAAAUGAAGAAUGUCAUUUAAGCAUUACAAGAAUUCUUGCUGAUGAUGUUGCCAAGGGAAAAAGCUUGAGUUGGUGGGAAAGCAGUAGUUAGUUUUGAGAAACAUAUACAUAUUUUGUUGUGAAUCAAUGAAUUCAGGUUUCUUCAA